AUGAAUGUCUAUCGGCUUCGCAGCCUGCGCUCUUACCGAUCAGCUAUCUUGAAUCAGUUUACUAGACCUAAAAUCCUACGACACCGAACCAUGAGCACUUUGCCCAAACUCCCUCCAUCGUCAUGGGACAGCCACAUGCACAUUGUCAACCCAGAGAAAUACCCCCUUGCACCAGAUGCGGUAUACGUACCCCCUAUUCAUACGUUAUCCGACGCGAUGGCUUUCGAAUCUGCAGUUGGUAUCCGAAACAUUGUCUUGGUCCAGCCAUCUAUAUACGGGUUUGACAAUUCAUGUAUGCUUGAUGGACUGAAGGAGCUAGGCCCUAGCCAGGGUCGGGCGGUGGUCUCGUUAGAUCCAACCAACCCACCCCCUGAAGAUACCCUACGAUCAUGGCACCGAUGGGGCUCUACUGGCAGGGAAUUGAGUGCUGAAGAGCUGAAAGCGGUUAUGCACAAGUACGCAGAUAUAAUUCGCCCAUAUGGUUGGGUUUUGCAGCUAUAUAUCGCCCUCCAAUAUCUCCCGCUCCUGGUCGACAUUGUGCCAGGUUUAGGAGUCAAAGUGUGCCUUGACCAUUUUGGAAGCCCAAAUCUACCUGCUUCUGUUCCUACCUCUGGGACUGGCCAUUCAGCAGAUUUCGAUCCGUACUCCCUCCCUGGCUUUGCGGAAAUGAUCCAACUGUUAAAGGGUGGUCAUACAUAUGUUAAGAUAUCCGCUGCAUAUCGGCUUACUAGCAACCCUCAGUUCGACGGCUUGCGAGAGAUGUUCAUGGAGUAUAUGCGUGUGGCCCCUGGUCGGAUUGUGUUUGCUACAGACUGGCCGCAUACAAGAUUCGAUUCGGUGGACGUUGUCCCGUUCAUCAAAGCUUGUGUCGACUGGUGUGAUGGAGACCAGAGUAUGAUCCAGAAGUUAUUUCAACGUAAUUCUGAGGAGCUUUGGGAUGUCGAGGCUGUAAAUACGUCGUGA